AUGUCGGACAAGUUUGGCGACGGUAGCCAGGAGUACUGGCGGAAUACUUUUACUACUCCAGGCUCGGUGGGCACAAGACCGCCCCCGGAUGCGGUUGAGGAUUACGACUUAAUCUCCCAAAUCACCGUUGCGGAAAUCCAAAAUGUACUCAAGGGCUCGAACACCACAAGCCCAGGACCAGAUGCCUUGACCACUCUAGAACUAAGACGUAUGAACAGCAGUGUGCUAGCGCAGGUUUUCAACCUGAUGCUGGUACUCCAGAUCCCGACUAAGGCUGACUCGUUAGCCGGGCGCGCGUAUACUACAACUCGACGAGUGACCGAUCCAAAAGGAACUGGCAACCCCGCGGACAGACACUACCGAGACCGAACUGUAGUCCGCGGACCGUAUGAGCUGUGGCUUCACAGCUGCGUACGAUACAGGGCACGGUUCCGAUAA